AUGGUCGCAGGCCGGUUUGACGCGGUUAACAAGAGUUUCCGACGAAAGUACACAAUGGUCUCAAAAGGAAAUACUCUAAAAAUUGUAGGGGUUCUUACAAUCCUCGCAAUCGUCUUGUUAUCCAGGCCAUCAUUCAAGUAUUAUGUAUCCAUAUCGGUAAACAAAGAACAUCUGCUACCUACUCCAAAAGAGGUAUAUCACGCUAGUGCAACCAAGCAAUUUAAGGCAAAGCGCUUACCCACCUCACCGAUACCUCCAGUAAAGAAAAAAGUAAAGUUAGUACCAAAAUAUUCGAGCACGAUAAAACCAAAGACAAUCUCAAAGCAAAAUCAAAAUACAACGAAUCUGAAGUAUUUAGUUUACCUAUGUGAUAAAAAUAGACGCUGUGGCGGAUGGGGAGAUCGUCAAAGAGGUAUUGUGACAGCCUAUGUAUGGGCGUGUAUUUUAAAUAGAACGUUCAAAGUUGUUAUGACGUCAGCUUGCGACUUAACUCAAUUUUAUCAACCAAAUAAAAUCAAUUGGAUUCUAGACGAAAAUGAAAUUAGAAAUAAAACUUCCAAAGUCUUAGAUGUAGUGAAUCGAGUGGAUGUUUUAAUAGACAAAGAUUUUAAGCCACAUCAACACAUAGAUGUUCUUUACGUAAAAACCAACAGUCCAAUGUUUACGUAUUAUCUGAAUCAUAAUCGAAAUGCCAUGCCGGAUUAUUUAAAGGGCUUUGGUAGUUGGCGUGAUAAAGUGAAGAUAUUCAAAGCAGUGUGGUCUCGUCUCAUGAUACCAACUGACAGAAUAACAAAUCAGCUUUUAAAUGCUACAAAACCCAUGUUUAUUGACGGGUAUCGAGCAAAUCUUGUGACUGCGCACGUUCGUAUCGGACGAAGCAAGUAUUUGCCAUAUGAAAGAGUGGCCUUAAGUUUGAACUCAACGGAUAUUGUUAUGAAUUUUUUAGACAAAUAUAAAUAUUCAAGAAUAUACGUGGCAACGGAUCACGCAGACGUUCGGAAAGCUGCCAUUGCUAAAUUGGGAAAAAGAUAUAUCGGAAGUUAUGCCCCCUUUUUGAAUCCUGAUAAUACUGCCAGGGGUACCAAACUAGCUUGUUGGGCAUUUCAAAUGACUAUUGUAGAUCAACUUAUGAUGUUAAAUGCCGAUGUGUUGGUAAUCAGCCCAAGUGGACUGAGUGCUUUUGCGGCCUAUCUUAAACUUAAUAGAGGUGAACUAUUUCUUUUCAACGGCACAGUAGUGAGCCCUUAUAAGCCAUAAAAAUUCCUUUCAUCUAUUCAUUCGGAAUUAUCAGACAAUUUUUGGAAUUUGGAAUUGAAUGAAAGUUGAAAGUUGCUCAUGUUGAACUUACUACAUAAUUUGCAUCUGGUCGUCGAAUGUCAAAUUCUACUACUAUUCAAUUGGUCGCAGUUACAAAUGAUUUGAUUUAGUUGGCAGUGGCGGAUCUUUGAUAUGCUUGAGUGUUACCCAUAUUCCACUUAAGCAUAAUUUGGUUUUUGGUCGAGGGGUAUGAAUCUGCAACUAUCCAAUUAUUCACAGUUACAAGUCAAUUUGUCGAUAUCUGCUUUUGAUCAUGUGUGACGGAUCAAUAAGAUGCUUCAAAUCGUGAAGCGUCUCGAUCUCUUUUCAUCUACCCUGUACUUGUUAUCUGUAUUUAUGUCCUACAUUUAAUGUAUUUAUGUGUUAAUAUACUGUUGACUGUUAUUUAUUAUAAUAUACCCAGGAUCCACGUGUAUG